CCUCCGCCCGCCCUGCAUCCGUCCCCCACCAGUUCGCGCGGCCGUCCACCCGCCGCGACCCUGAGUCCCCGGCCAGAUCGCCCGACGGAGCGGCCGGCGCGGCGGAGGGGACCAAAGGGGCGGGACGUUCUGAGGGCCUCAGGCCUCCGGCAGCCCCCCUUCUAGGGAAACCGAGGCCCCUGCGGCCUGAGCCAGGGGGAUACUGAAGAUGAUGACCUUCUGCCAAGGCCUUCCAGGCCAGCAGCCUGUGCCAGGGACCCUUGACUUCCCCAGAAACCCCCAGAAGUUGCCCUCCACGUCAGAGGCAGAGUCAGAGGCCUCCAUGUCAGAGGCCUCCUCUGAGGACCCGGUGCCAUCCCUGGAGGCUGAGGUAGCCCCCGAUAGGGACAAGGAAGAGGCUGGGAAGAAGAAGAAGAAGAAGACAAAAGGACUAGCCAACAUGUUCAGCGUCUUCACCAAAGGGAGGAAGAAGAAGCCUCAGCCCAGCUCAGCAGAGCCGCAGGCUGUGCUCCACCCCGAGCCCGAGUCGGGGCCCAGGCUGGGUGGCAGGCUGCCCACAGUGGAGGAGCUCAAGGCGGACCUGGAGUGCGGGCGGCUGGAGGCGGCGCGGCCGCUGCUAGCGCUGGAGCGGGAGCUGCAGGCGGCGGCGGCGGCGGCGGCGGCGGGCGGCACGAGCCAGGAGGAGCUGGUGCGGCGGCAGAGCAAGGUGGAGGCGCUGUACGCGCUGCUGCGCGACCAGGUGCUCGGCCUGCUGCGACGGCCGCUGGAGACGGCGCCCGAGCGGCUUCGCCAGGCGCUGGCCGUGCUGGCCGAGCAGGAGCGCGAGGACCGCCAGGCGGCGGCGGCCGCGGGGCCCUCGGCACUGGCCACCACGCGGCCGCGGCGCUGGCUGCAGCUGUGGCGGCGCGACGUGGCGCAGACGGCGGAGGAGCGCCUGGGCCGGCCGCCGGCCGAGGGCGCCGAAGGCCGCUCGGAGGCCGAGCGCAUCUUCCUGCACAUGGGCCGCACCAUGAAGGAGGACCUGGAGGCCGUGGUGGAGCGGCUGAAGCCGCUGUUCCCCGCCGAGUUCGGCGUGGUGGCGGCCUACGCCGAGAGCUACCACCAGAGCUUCGCGGCCCAGCUGGAGGCCAUGGCGCAGUUCGAGCUGUGUCAGCGCGACACCUACAUGCUGCUGGUCUGGGUGCAGAACUUCUACCCCAAUGAAAUCAUCAAUAGCCCCAAGCUGGCGCGUGACCUCCAGGGCGUCGGGCUUGGGAGCCUUCUGCCCUCCAGGCAGAUCCGGCUGCUGGAGGCCACGUUCCUGUCCAAUGAGGUGGCCAGUGUGAAGGAGAUGAUGGCCCGUGCCCUGGACCUGGAGUCGAAGCGCUGGGCCCAGGAUGUGGCCCCUCAGAGGUUGGACGGCCACUGCCACAGUGAGCUGGCCAUCGACAUCAUCCAGAUCAUCUCUCAGGGCCAGGCCAAGGCCGAGGAAAUCACCCUGGACCUGGGCAUGCAGAUAAAGCACAUGCUGCUGGUGGAGCUGGUUGUGUUCCUGAGGAGCUACCAGCGCGCCUUUGAUGAAUUUCUGGAGAGGUGCAGACUGCUGAGAAAUUACAGGGCCAAUGUCAUCGCCAACAUCAACAACUGCCUGUCCUUCCGGACAUCCAUGGAGCAGAAGUGGCAGACAUCACAGGACCUCCCGAGGCACCUGCUGGGCCCGCUGAGUGAGCUCAAGAGUCACGGCUUUGACAACCUGCUCCAGAACCUGUUUGAGGACCUGAAGCCGCUGUUCAAGAGGUUCACGCAGACCCGCUGGGCGGCUGCCAGGCAGACCCUGGAGGAAAUCAUUGCCACCGUGGGCGAAAGGCUGCCCGAGUUCUUGGAACUGCAUGACUGUUUCCGUGAGGAGCUCAUGGAGGCGGUCCACCUGCACCUAGUGAAGGAGUACAUCAUCCGCCUCAGCAAGCGGCGCGUGGUUCUCAAGACAGCUGAGCAGCAGGAGGAGCUGGCGGGGCACAUUCAGGCGAACGCCAAGCUCAUCCAGCAAUUCUGCAUACAGAACGGCUCCCCGGCAACCUGGCUGCAUCACGCCCUCCCCACGCUUGCCGAGAUCAUUCGCCUGCAAGACCCCAGUGCCAUCAAACUCGAGGUGGCCACUUAUGCCACCUCUUACCCAGACUUCAGCAAAGGCCACCUGGGUGCCAUCUUGGCCAUCAAGGGGAACCUGUCCAGCAGCGAAUUCAAGAGCAUCCGGAGCAUUCUGGACAUUGACACAGGGGCACGUGAGCCUUUCAAGUCCCUAUUUUCACUUAUAAAGGUUGGUUAGCUUUUCCAGCGGCCUGACCUGCUUGUGAGCACCCGGCGAGCAUCGGACAUCACCCCGCUUAGGGGCUGUUCAGAGCAGCGUUGGCUUCACGGCCCCUCACAGGCUUCCUGCCAUCUGCUGCUGCUUCUGUCCAGCCCUGUCCAAGGUGUAGGCCCCUGGGCAGCUGGAAUUGGACAGGCCCCGGUUUGUUUACCUGUCUAGUGGGGGCGGAUCAUCCCUUGUGGGGAGCCAAGGAGGCAACACCCGAGGAACUCUUUGUAAAUGACAGUCGGUCAUGCGUGCACUGAAGGAGGGAGCCAGGAGGGAGAGUGGCCAGAGGUCAGAGAUCCUGGGUCACCUUCUGUCCAUGGGGCGUUCCACAGUCUGCCUCAUAACUGUCCUCCCCGUGGCUGGGUCUGAGGCCUCCCCAGCUGCCUAGGGCCAGGGGCCGAGCCUCACCCGUCCUGCAUCCUUUGGCCCAGGCUGUGAUGGGCUCAUCAAGUCUGCAAUAGAAGGCUGGAAGGGAAAGAAGGAACACAUGAACUCUUAUCUGGGGCCUGGAAAGGGGUGUGUGGGGUCACAUGGUGAGCUGGGGGCAGAGCCAGCAUCAGAGCCCCCUCCAGAUUGCCCCCCGACCCCUGCGGCUCAGACCCCGACACCUCUCUGCAUUCCUCAUCGGCUUCCCCUGAGGAUGGGCCCAGGAGGACCAAGGACCUCCUGAGUGUCCCCAGGUUCAGCCUGCCCCCACGCAUGGACAGGCUCAGUGGUGCCUCCUUGAGUCCUCCACCUGGAAGUCAGGCUGAGGUCUGGUCAGGCAAGCUUGACCUCUGACCCCUUGGCAUCUGUGUUAGUUUCCUACUGCUGCUGUAACAAAUUUCCGUAAACUUAGAGGCUUAAAACAAGAACCUGUCUUUCAGUUCUGGAGGUCAGAAGUCUGACAGGAGUCUAGUGGGCUAAAACCAAGGUGUUGGCAGGGCUGGUUCCUUCUGGAGGCUUUGCAGAGGAAUUUGCUUUCUUUUUCCAGUUUUUAGAGGCCACUCAUAUUUCUUGGCCCGUGGCCCCCUUCCAUCUUCAAAGCCAGCAAUGGCCAGUUGAAUCUUUUUCACAUCACAGACCUCAGCUGUCCACUUCUGCCCCGCUCCUCCACUUUUAAGGACACUUUUGAUGACUUUUGGCCACCCAGAUCAUCCAGGAUCAGCUCCCUAUUUUAAGAUCAGCUGACCAGCAACCUUAAUUCUACCUGCAACCUUAAUGCCCCCUGGCCAUAGAACCUAACACAGUCACGGGUUCCAGGCAUUAGGAUGUGGGCAUCUUUGGGGGGCUAUUAUUUUGCCCACCACAGCCUCCAUCCAUCCCCUGCCCUGUAGGGCGCCUUGUUCGACCCCAGGGAAACAUGGUUCAGUUACCCUCCGAGGCCUCUGCCUACCCCGAAGGCCCUCUCAGCAUGAGAGUGGGCACUUCAGACCCAGGCAUGCCCCAGCUGCAGGGGGCCCGGAUGGGGUCUGGAGCCAGCUCUCUUGGGUUUGUCCCCCUCUUUCAGGUACUGUGGCCAGGAUCUGGCCCAUGUAAAUGGUGCACAAAGGCUCUUGUACAUUUGUAGGAAUUAGUGUGUUUGAUGUUAUUAAUAUUAUUUUUGAUAGUACUGCUUUUGUAUAUGUGGACUCGAGACAGGAUCCGAGUUUUUAUAGCUUGAUAUAAAGCUGAUUUCCAAAGUG